AUGGCCAUGAUGAGUCUUGAAUGUAGUCUUAGGGACAUCUUCUUUUUUCAUUCUAAUUUGAUAAUACCCUGA